CCAAUUCUGAUCAGGAGAGUUGGUUUGGGAAGAUGUGGAAGAUCUUUGUAGCUGUAACCCUCUGCUUUACUCUGGUGUCGGCCUCAUGCCCAGAAGCCUGCCAGUGUCCUCCGGACGUCCCUGUUUGUGCAGCAGGGGUGAGUCUAAUGCUGGAUAGCUGCGGCUGCUGUAAGGUCUGUGCACGGCAGCUCUAUGACAACUGCAGCAAAACUCAACCGUGCGACACUGCAAAGGGACUGGAGUGCAAUUUUGGGGGAAAAUCUGAUUUUGCAUCUGGCAUCUGUCAAGCGAAAUCACAUGGAAGAAGCUGCGAGUUCAACGGCAGGAUGUUCCAGAAUGGGGAAACCUUUCAGCCAAAUUGCAAAUAUCAGUGCACCUGCAUGGAUGGAUCUAUUGGGUGCGUCUCGCUUUGCACUCGUGAUCUUUUGAUGUACAGAGUGGACUGUAAAAAACUGAAGAGGGUUAAUGUGAAAGGACAGUGCUGUGAACGACUCAUCUGCCUUGAUGAUGCAAACACAGGAAGGUCUGGGACAAGGAAACACAGACGAAAGUACAAACAAGACCCAUCUGAUGGUGACUUUUCUAACAAGAAUGAUCCUCCACAUGUUAGGAGAGGAGAAUUAACAGCUUUUAGGAAUCAUCCAAAGAGGCUUGAAACAGGAGUCCAGUGUCGGCCUCAGACCACAGCCUGGUCACCCUGCUCCAAAUCCUGUGGUCAUGGAGUUUCCUCCAGGAUGACCAACAACAAUAUCAAAUGCAAACUGGUGACUGAAACUCAGACCUGUGAGAUAAAACCCUGCAAAGAAAUUCCCCAAAAGAAAGCUGGGAAAUGUAAAGUGAAGGCUGUCCAUCCAAUUCAGAUGUCCUAUGGUGGUUGUCAUAGUCUGAAGAAACUCCAGCCGAAACACUGCAGGUCCUGCUCAGAAGGCCGACUCUGUCUGCCUCACAGGACCGACAGAAAUGGACCAGGAGUCCAUUUCAAAUGCAAGUCUGGACAGACUUUUAGGAGGAAGGUAGCGAUGACUGGAUCUUGACUGUGUGUUUUGGACUUCUCCAAAAGCAGUAAAAAGCUGCUCACCC